AUGAAAGGGAUCAAAAUUGCUAUUGAUAGAGGAGGAACCUUUUGUGACUUCAUUGCAAAAUUUCCAGAUAAACCAGAUUAUGUAUUUAAGUUAUUAUCCGUGGACCCCAAUAAUUAUAAAGAUGCACCUACAGAAGGAAUACGUAGAAUAUUAGAAAGAGCACAAGGUAUGAAAAUUCCAAGAGAUGAAAAGCUAAGCUUGGAAUUAAUCGCCAGUAUUCGUAUGGGUACUACUGUAGCAACAAAUGCUUUAUUAGAAAGGAAAGGGGCUAAGGUUUGCCUCAUUACUACCAAAGGUUUUAAGGAUGUAUUAGCUAUUGGUAACCAAACGAGACCCCAUAUUUUUGACUUAACUGCCAAGAAGUUAGGACAUCUAUAUACUGAUGUUCUUGAAAUUGAUGAACGAGUCACCAUUGAAGGAUUUUCAGAAGGUGGUGGUGAUAAAUUGAAGAUUCUGGAUUCCGGGGAUCCAGAAUUGACUCACGGUGUAACCGGUGAUCUUGUUCGAGUUAUCAAGAAACCUGACUAUGAGAAAAUUACCGAACAGCUCAUUGAAUUAUAUAAAGUUGGUGAAGUAAAGACGAUUGCAUUGUGUUUGUUACAUGCCUACACCUACCCUGAGCAUGAAUCAAAAAUUGCUGAAAUUUGUAAAAAAAUUGGAUUCAGAGUUUCUGUGUCUCACGAGUUGCAACCCAUGAUUGGUAUGGUAAAUAGAGCUUCAUCUACAGUUGCUGAUGCGUACUUAUCUCCUAUUAUCAAUGAUUAUAUUGAAGGUUUUGGCUCUGGAUUUAAGGGGGGGUUAGAAGCAUUUGGAAAUAAAUUAUUAUUUAUGCAGAGUAAUGGAGGAUUGUGUCCAUGGUAUAAGUUUACUGGUUUAAAAGCGAUCUUAUCAGGCCCAGCUGGUGGUAUGGUAGGUUAUGGGGAAACUUGUUAUGAUAGUCUUUCUCAGAAGGCUACAAUUGGUUUUGAUGCAGGUGGUACGUCAACUGACGUCUCAAGAUAUUCAGGCAGCUUAGAACAUAUCUAUGAAACUGUUGUAAGUGAAGUCAGUCUCCAGACGCCCCAAUUAGAUAUUUCAACUGUUGCUGCGGGGGGAGGAUCCAUGUUAUUCUGGAGAAAUGGUAUGUUUGUUGUAGGCCCUGAAUCUGCAGGAUCUGAUCCUGGCCCUGCUUGUUAUAGAAAGGGUGGACCAUUAACUGUUACUGAUGCAAACCUAUUUUUAGGAAGAUUAUUACCAGAUUAUUUUCCUAAAAUUUUUGGCCCAAAUCAAGAUGAAGCAUUAGAUUUUGAUUUAACUUCACAAAAGUUUAAAGAAUUAACGGAGGAGAUAAAUAAGGACAAGGAAUCUGAUAGCAUAAAACUAACUCCUGAAGAAGUCGCAAGUGGGUUUUUGAAAGUCGCAGUCGAGUCCAUGGCAAGACCUAUAAGAAAUUUAACGGAGGCGAAAGGGUUUGCAACUUCAGAGCAUAACUUGGCAUGCUUUGGUGGGUCUGGUGGUCAAUUCUCAGUCUCUUUGUCAAAGAAUUUGGGAAUUUCACAUGUUGCAAUUCAUAAAUACUCCUCAUUAUUAUCGGCAUAUGGUAUCUAUUUGGCAGAUAUCGUAAUUGAAAAGCAAUCACCGACAUCAUUCGUAUACUCAAAAGAGAAUUAUAAGAUCUUAGAUCAAAAAAUUGAACAAUUGAUUGACCAAGCAUUUGAGGAAUACAAAGAACAGGGUUUGAGUCCUCUUAAGACUUCAGUUGAGACUUAUUUAAAUAUGAGAUAUGUUGGAUCUGAUACUCACUUAUUAAUUCAAAAAGGAAAGGAUGAAUAUAACUUAGAGUCUAAAUUUAUUGAGAGGCAUAACAAUGAAUUUGGUUUUACAUUGGAUAGAAAAGUCUUGGUGGAUGACCUUCAAGUUUUGCUUAUAGUUAAAAGUACUGACAAACAGGAUAUUAAUCCAUAUGAAGAAUUUUCUCAAUUGAAUAGCACAAGCAAAGCGGAGAAAUCCAAGAUAAUUAAUAAAGUUUAUUUUGAGGGCCAAGGAUGGCUCGACUCGUCAGUUUACCACUUACCAGACUUAGAGGUUGGUACAACAAUAUGUGGUCCAUCAAUAAUUUUAGAUGAUACGCAGACAAUUUUAAUUGAACCCAAAUCUCAAGCUUCAAUCUUGUCGAAUCAUAUUUUGAUUAUAGUUGAACAAGAGGAAAAGCCGAAGCUUUCAAAUGAAGUAGUGGAUCCAAUUCAACUAUCAGUUUUUGGCCACCGAUUCAUGUCUAUUGCAGAACAAAUGGGAAGAACUUUGCAACAAACGGCCAUUUCAACAAAUAUCAAAGAAAGAUUGGACUUUUCAUGUGCUUUGUUUGAUAAGCAUGGUGAUUUAGUUGCUAAUGCGCCACAUGUUCCAAUUCAUUUAGGAGCUAUGUCCUUUGCCGUCAAAGCUCAGAAAGAAAUGUGGGAAGGUAAGUUACAACAAGGUGAUGUUCUAGUUACUAAUCACCCACUGGCAGGUGGAUCUCAUUUGCCAGAUAUCACUGUUAUUACUCCCGUUUUAGGUAGAAAUAAUAACCCCGUAUUCUGGACAGCUUCGAGAGGACAUCAUGCUGAUAUUGGAUCCAUUUCAGCUGGUUCGAUGCCUCCAAAUUCUAAGACAAUUUUUGAUGAAGGGGCAGCAAUUAUCACGCAUAAAUUGUGUUCAAAUGGAAAGUUUGAUGAAGAAGGUAUUACUAAGCUUUUAUUAGAAGAGCCAGCCAAACAUCCAGGUGGCUCUGGUACAAGAACAUUGAGUGACAAUAUUUCUGACUUGAAAGCUCAAGUUGCGGCUAAUUACAAAGGUAUAAUUUUACUAAAUAGAUUGAUCGAGGAGUUCAGCCUUUCUGUUAUUAACCUAUAUAUGGGUGCCAUUCAGUCAACUGCAGAAGUUGCUGUUAGAAAUCUAUUGAGAUUAGCAUACGAGAAAUUUAAUGGACAUGCAAUGCAAGCCAUUGACUAUUUAGAUGAUGGUACUCCUAUUUCUUUAAAAAUAUCAAUUAAUCCAACUGCAGGAGAUGCUGAAUUUGACUUUACUGGCUCUGGUGAUGAAAUUUAUGGGAAUUUGAAUGCUCCGAGAGCAAUUUUGUACUCUGCUGUAUUGUAUGUCUUGAGAUGUCUUAUUAGUUCUGACAUUCCAUUGAAUAAUGGUUGUUUACGACCAAUCAGAUUCAAGACAAGGGAAGGCUCGGUUGUUCAUCCGUCUAUUGAGGCUGCGGUUGUUGGAGGAAAUGUUGAAACUACCCAGCGAAUCGUUGAUGUAAUGUUGAAAGCCUUUGAAGCUGCUGCUGCUUCUCAAGGUACAUGCAAUAAUUUUUCUUUCGGAAUUAACGACAAAGAAAAUAAAAUUUCGUUUGGUUAUUAUGAAACAAUCUGUGGUGGGUCUGGUGCCGGUCCCACCUGGGAGGGGCAAAGUGUUGUUCAAUGUCAUACGACAAACACUAGAAUCACUGACACAGAAUUAUUUGAGAAGAGAUAUCCAGUGAUUAUCCACGAGUUUUCAAUUAGACACGGAUCUGGAGGAAAUGGUUUACACAACGGUGGUAAUGGUGUUAUUAGAGAUGUUGAAUUCACCUAUCCUAAUUUAGAAGUUUCAUGUCUUAUGGAAAGAAGAUCCAUGGCACCAUUUGGAUUACUCGGUGGUGAAAGUGGUUUGCGUGGUGUAAAUAAGUGGUAUAGAAAAUCAGAAACUAGCGAUGGAUACAGAAGAAUAUUCCUUGGUGGUAAAUGUACUGUUAAAGUCAGUAAAGGUGAUCGAAUCAUAAUUAUGACCCCUGGUGGUGGUGGUUUUGGUACAAGCUCUCGGAAAGAUGAGAAAACUGUUAAUUUCCCUGUUGAUAGUACUAAGCCUAGUAUUUUGACCGGUUCUGUUGGAAUGAGAAGUAGAAUUCAGGACACUAAUUAG